AUGUCGGGCGGACGGUUUCGCGUCCAAUCAGUGGCUGAUGGCAGCGGUGGAGCUGCGUCAGGAAGCGUCGGAACACUAGAGGCAGCAUCGGAAUCCAACUUGACAGUCAACAAAAAAGAAAAUGAAUCCAAAAUAUUUGAUUCCGAAGGUUUGCUCCACUGGUCGCUGCUUAUGACGAUGUGCUCCAUAUGGGUGAUUUCUGCAUCGUUCUACUGGCUUCUGAUUCUGACGGAUCCUGGUGUGAUGCCUCGCUCGAAAACCCCAUUAAACGAUUUCGUAGAGCAUCUGGAGACAAAGAAAAUCGAACGAUAUUGUUUUACGUGUUGGAUUCCAAAGACUUCAAACUCGCAUCACUGCUCCCAGUGUGAUAAAUGUGUCGAUGGAUUCGAUCAUCAUUGUCCAUGGAUUCACAAGUGUGUCUAUCGGAAAAAUCUUCGAUUCUUCGUCCUUUUCUGCCUCACCAACUUGAUAUUUGACGUCAUCUAUGUUCCAGUUUUGAUCAAUAUGAUUGCUGUUUCAUGGAAUACUGUUGGAUUCAGUCAAACCCUAUCCGAUCAUGGAAUCAUGGUUCUCAGUCUAUUCUUCUCAAUCCCUCACGUCAUCGGAGCCGGAGCCAUCACCUACACUCAAUUCUCACAGAUUUCUCGUCACAUCACCACAAUUGAAAUCAUUCGGAAUAGCAGAGCUCAACAGGAUUCUGAUAAAUUAGGAAAAAAGAAAUUUAGAUCCACUAGUCCAACAUCCGCAUCGAUUUACAACCCAUGGGAAGACAGUCCGAGUAUCAAGACGAGAGUUCGAAAUGUCUGUAAUCUUCUAGUAUUUGAUCGAUUCGGAGGUGAUGAGGAUGGAGUGCAACCAUAG